AUGCCUAGUGGGGCUCACACUUUGCUCAGUCUACUUGCUGAGCCUUUGAAACAGCCAACAGAAACUCUUCUUUCUGCUGAGGAUCAUGAUGUAUCUGAUAAUUUGAGAGAGUUUGAGGACUGGAGUGAGUACUACUCUUGUGAUGCAACGUAUCGCAACUGGCUAAAAAUUGAGUUAGAGAAUGCUGUAGUUUCUCCACUUGAACUGUCAAAUGAAGAAAAACAAAGGGCAGUUGCAGCAGCCAGAGAAGCACUAAAAUCGUCACUGUUAUUGCUACUGAGAGCAAAUCCUUGGUUGGUUCCUGCUGAAGAUCGUAAUUAUGAAUCAGUGGAACCUGUAUUCCUUGAACUCCAUGCCACUGUGAUGCUCUGUCUGCCUUCUGGUGAAUGUAUGUUGCCAGACGCCACCUUGUGUACUACAUUGAUGAGUGCCCUUUACUCUUCAGUAAGUGAGGAAGUUGUUCUAAAUCGACAAUUGAUGGUAUGUUUAUUUCCUUCUUCCUCUUUGCCACUCAGAAAAUUUGGAAAGAAAAUGAACAUGCUGUUAUUUAUUGAUUGA